AUGGCGUCCUCGGAUCUGGUGGCAAAGGCAAAAGAAGCGUUCAUAGAUGACCACUUCGAGCUAGCCGUUGACCUAUACUCUCAAGCCAUUGCCUUGAGCCCUAACAAUGCCGAACUAUUCGCCGACCGUGCUCAGGCCAAUAUUAAGCUCCAAAACUUCACUGAGGCUGUUGCUGAUGCAAAUAAAGCUAUCGGGUUGGAUCAUAAUAUUUCGAAAGCUUAUCUACGUAAAGGCAUGGCAUGCAUCAAGCUUGAGGAGUACCAGACUGCUAAGGCAGCUUUGGAAAUUGGUGCCUCUUUGGCACCUGGAGAUUCCAGGUUCACUAACUUGAUCAAAGAGUGUGAUGAGCGCAUCAGUGCAGAGCAAGCUGAAGAAUUGCCUAAGAAAUUGGUUGACAACGCUCCAUCAGUUGUGGUGGCUCCAGCGGUUGGGUUGUCUAGUCAAGGAUCAGUGAUGCCGCUUUCUAAGCCAAAAUACAGGCAUGAGUUCUAUCAAAAGCCAGAGGAAGUGGUGUUAACAAUAUUUGCAAAAGGCAUACCGGCAAAAAAUGUUGUGGUUGACUUUGGUGAACAGAUACUCAGUAUUAAAAUCGAAGUGCCUGGUGAGGAAGCAUAUCAUCUUCAGCCUAGGUUAUUUGGAAAGAUAGUUCCUUCAAGAUGCAGGUAUGAAGUCAUGUCAACGAAAAUUGAGAUCCGUCUUGCCAAGGCAGACACUGUACACUGGACGUCUCUUGAGUACCAGAGAGAUGCUACUGUUCUGCGGAAAGCAAGUGUAUCAUCAGGCACUCAGAAACCCACAUAUCCAUCUUCAAAACCCAAGAGAGUAGACUGGGAUAAAUUGGAAGCUCAAGUGAAAAAGGAGGAAAAGGAAGAGAAACUCGAUGGUGAUGCAGCUCUAAACAAGUUCUUUAGAGAAAUAUACAAAGAUGCAGAUGAGGAUACUAGGCGAGCCAUGAGCAAAUCUUUUGUUGAAUCGAAUGGAACCGUGCUAUCAACAAAUUGGAAAGAAGUUGGUUCAAAGAAGGUCGAAGGAAGCCCUCCCGAUGGCAUGGAGGUGAAGAAAUGGGAGUACUGA